CUUUGUGAUCCUUACUCCUUGUCGAGCCGACUGACACAAUCUGAAGCAGUGCACAAUCUCUUGAUAAGAGUCACCACCAUGUCUUCCAAGCCGACACUAGUCUUUGUGCCUGGAGCAUGGCACCGAGCCGAGACGUGGAGCAAGAUCUCUACAAUCCUCGAAACCCAACAUCACUACAAAUGCAUAGCGGUGACCUUGCCGUCGACCCAAUCCGACCCCGCCGCCACUCUUCUCGGUGAUAUCGAGGCCGUCAGAGACGUCCUGGUCGCCGAGACGUCACAGGGACGAGAUGUCGUGGUUGUCGUGCACUCCUAUGGGGGCGUCGUGGGCGAAAGCGCCAUGAAGGGUCUCGCACUCCCCAAAGGAAAACCGGAUGCUGCAUCCUCAUCGUCCUCUUCAGCGGAGGACAAGGCCUCGGGUCAUGUCAUUGGCCUCAUCAUGAUGGCAACGGGCUUUGUCACGCCUGCAAAAUCUUUCAUCGAGGGCCUCGGAGGCCAAGCGCCCCCGGAGUGGAACCUCAACCAGGAGACCGGCUUUGUCGAGAUUCUCGUCGACACACGCCAGCUCUUUUACCACGACUUGCCGGAAGAGGAGGGCAAGGAGUGGGCCAACAAGCUCACCAAGCACUCGCUGAAGACGCUGACGGAAGGUGGUGAGCAUACCUACCCCGGGUGGAAGGAUGUGCCAUCGUGGUAUCUUGCCACCAAGGACGACAAGGCAUUGCCGGUGGAAGCGCAGAGAAUGUUUGUGCAGAUGGCAAAGGACGCAGGAGCUGAUGUCACCUUGCGAGAGAUUGAAAGCAGUCAUUCACCCAUGCUGAGCAGGCCAGAGGAGACGGUGCAGUUUGUUUUGGACGCCACAGCCAGAUUUGUGGGGUAGAUAGUACUUUUGCUGUCGG